AUGUUUCGUAAAGUAAAGAAGCGCCACAGCAGCAGCAGCUCUCAAAGCAGUGAGAUCAGCACCAAGAGCAAAUCUGUGGAGUCCAGUCUUGGAGGCCUAUCUCGGUCCAGCACGGUCGCCAGCCUCGACACUGAUUCUGCCAAGAGCUCAGGAAACAGCUCUGAAGCAUGUGCAGAAUUCCGGGUGAAAUAUGUAGGGGCCAUAGAGAAGAUGCAGUUUUCCAUGAGCCGGACUCUCCAGGAGCCUCUGGACCUCAUCAACUACAUCGACGCAGCUCAGCAAGAUGGGAAGCUGCCGUUUGUGUCUGCAGAGGAGGAGAGGAUCCUGGUGGUGUCCAAGCAUGGAGUCAAAUUGGCUUCAGUCGAUCAGUGUGACGUUUUGCAUCGACACCCUCUGUACCUUAUCGUCCGAAUGCUGUGCUACGACGACGGCCUCGGAGCAGGGAAGAACCUCCUGGCUCUGAAAACCACGGACCUGGACCAGGGAGAGUGCAGCGUCUGGGUGUACCAGUGCCACAGCUCGGAGCAAGCCCAGGCCAUCUGUAAGGUGCUGUCCGCGGCCUUCGACUGUGCUCUGACAGCGGAAAAGUCCUGA